CGACACGUAUAUAUUACAUUGCAUCCUCCCCCUCACACCCCAAGCACCAUUCAUUCAUUCCUUGGCUUCUCUCAAAGAUUAUUCUUCUUUCUUUUUGCCCUGCUCUGUGGGGUUAGUUUCUGCUCUCAAAUGCUCUUGCCCCUUCUUCACUUCUUGGCCUUUGCUUCUGUUGUUGCUGUUGCACUUUCUGGGUGUAAGGAUUUUCAGCUGCUCCCGUUGUUCCUUUUGUCGAGCCUGUCAUGCCUACCCUUGUCAAUUAUAGUGGUGAUGAUGAGCUCUAUCAUGGGGGUUCCUUCUGUCAAAAUCCCAUUGAUUUGGGUCGCCUGUGUACUUAUGGUUCAAUUGUGGAUGAGUACUACUACACUCCUAGCAAGCGAGCUCGAAUCAAUGCCCUGGAUGCGUUCGAAUUUCUAGGGCGAGAGCAAGAUCAAAAGCCUACCAUUGAUGUCCUUCCUGAUGAAUGCCUUUUUGAGGUUUUCAGAUGGCUCUCUAGUGGCAAAGAGAGGAGCUCUUGUGCCUACGUGUCUAAGCGGUGGCUUAUGCUCAUGAGCAGUAUCUGCAAAGCUGAAAUUCACAAGUCUGAUAAGAUGAUUGAGGGGUCUGCUUCCGGUUAUGUUGAAAUGGCCUCAGUGGAUGAGGAUCAAGGUAUUGAAGACAAUGGCUACUUAACGCGGUGUUUGGAAGGGAAGAAGGCAACUAAUGUAAGGCUUGCUGCAAUUGCAGUUGGGACUAGUGCCCGCGGGGGACUUGGAAAGCUGUCUAUCAGAGGAAGCAAUUCUGUUCGCGGUGUCACAGACGUUGGCCUCUCAGCAGUUGCUCAUGGUUGCCCUUCACUUAGAUCAUUUUCUUUGUGGAAUGUGUCUUCUGUUGGUGAUGAGGGUCUGUCUGAGAUAGCAAAAGGAUGCCAUAUGUUGGAGAAACUUGACAUAUGCCAGGCCUCCUUCAUUAGCAACAAAAGUCUAAUUGCAAUAGCUAAGGGCUGCCCCAACUUGACCACCUUAAAUAUCGAAUCGUGUCCGAAGAUUGGAAACGAGGGGUUGCAAGCUAUUGCCAGGUCUUGCCCCAAGUUACAAUGCAUCUCUAUCAAGGAUUGUCCUCUUGUUGGGGAUCAUGGAGUAUCAAGUCUAUUAUCCUCAGCUAUUCACCUUUCAAAGGUAAAGCUUCAGGAUUUAAACAUUACAGAUUUCUCUCUGGCUGUCAUUGGCCACUAUGGAAAGGCAAUUUUAAAUUUGGUCCUCUGUGGUCUUCAAAAUGUCACUGAAAGGGGCUUUUGGGUCAUGGGUGUUGCUCAAAGUCUGCAGAAACUGAUGUCACUUACAGUUUCUUCCUGCCGAGGGAUAACAGAUGCAAGCAUUGAAGCCAUGGGUAAAGGUUGUGUCAACCUAAAGCAGAUGUUUCUGCGCAGAUGCUGCUUUGUAUCCGACAAUGGUUUGGUAGCAUUUAGCAAAGUUGCAAGCUCUCUUGAGAGCUUGCACUUGGAGGAGUGUAACAACAUCAACCAGUUUGGCAUUAUUUGUGCCCUUUCAAACUUCAAAUCGACUUUAAAGUCUCUCACCCUUCUUAAGUGCAAGGGAGUUAAAGAUAUAGAUCUGGAAGUAUCUAUGUUUCCUCCUUGCGAGUCUCUCCGACAUUUAUCCAUUCAUAACUGCCCUGGUGUUGGAAAUGCUAGCCUGGCUAUGGUUGGGAAAUUGUGCCCCCAACUUCAGCAUGUUGAUCUGACCGGACUUUAUGGUCUAACUGAUGCCGGCCUUGUUCCUCUUUUGGAGAAUUGUGAGGCGGGACUUGUCAAGGUGAACCUUGUCGGCUGCUGGAAUUUGACGGAUAACAUAGUUUCAGUAUUGGCCACACUACACGGAGGAACCCUCGAAUUGCUAAAUCUUGAUGGAUGCAGGAAGAUUACCGACGCAAGCUUGGUUGCAAUCGCGGAUAACUGCCUUCUGCUUAAUGAUCUAGAUGUGUCAAAGUGUGCAAUCACUGAUGCCGGUAUAGCUGUUCUUUCUAGUGCCAAACAGCUUACUUUGCAAGUGCUUUCUUUGUCAAACUGUUCUGGUGUAACAAACAAGAGUGCGCCUUCCCUAAAAAAGUUGGGCCAGACCUUGGUGGGGUUGAAUCUUCAAAACUGCAAUUCAAUUGGCUGCAACACAGUUGAGUUCCUAGUGGAGAACUUGUGGAGAUGUGAUAUUCUGGCUUAAUAUCUUAACCAUCCAAUUGCAAUAUCAGGGAAGGAGAUAUAAUUUAAGUGACAAAACCGAAUCUGGAAAUUCAGGAUAGAUAGUAAAUGUAUCUUGUGCAAUGAACUCACAGGUGGCGACAUUCCACAUACUUUUUGGACAGAUGUACCUACCUAUCUAGGGUGGAUUGGGUGGGAGUUUGUUGACAUAGUUGUUUUCCAGGGAACUAUGAUAGAUCCUUUCUUUAGCCCUUUUUUUUCAAGCAUUUUUCAUACAGAAAUGCUUGUUACAACAACCCUUUUGGCCUUGCUACUUGAGGCCACUUCCUUUAUGCUAUGGUUCCGUGAGAAAACCUUUACUAUGUCUUGGUUGAUGGUUGCCUCUAGAUAGAUAGUACAUUGUAUAUGUUGUCGCUUUUGUAUUGUUGGAUGUUGCACUUGCUCAUACUUACGCUCUUGAAAUCUUGUUAUUUAUUGUUUAGUUUGCCAAUCUAGAAUAAUAUACCAAACCAGCUGGAAUCUGGAUGAUUUAGCAUGUUUUUUCCUUUCAUCUGCUUUGUAGAUCAAGGUGAUUGCGUUGGGGGGUCUAAUAUUCAAGGGUGCUGUUGAGUUUGGGAAGGUAGAUUUAAGUCUGUUUCAACCUUGCAAAAAUAUAUUUGAAGAUCAUUGCAAUGGUGACUGCUGCAGCCAUCGAA